AGAAGAAGAAUCACUUCCAGGAUAAACAAGGACAUGUGUGUGUGUUGAGUAACUCUCCUCUCUGUCCCUCUGCUCAAACACCGUGAUGUCUGUCUCUCUCCUUUAGAUUACAGUGUUAUUUAAUACAUCCUCUGGUAGUUAAACUGGUAGUGUUGCUGUUUGUACUGGACUUCAUGGCAGCUGCCCACGUCUCCAGAGUCCGGUCUCUGUAUAAGAGGAUCCUGGUCCUGCACCGGUUCCUGCCUAUAGACCUCAGAGCCCUGGGAGACCAGUACCUGAAGGACGAGUUCAGGAGACAUAAAGGAGCUUCAGAGGAAGAGGUGAAGAGCUUCAUGACGGAGUGGGAGAACUACAAGGACACCCUGCAGACUCAGGUACUGGAGUCAGCGGGGGAGCAGCUCAGCUCAGCCAACUUUGGGUCCAGCCUGGCGGAGGGGGACCUCGUCCACUUCCAGAACGACCAGAUAGGCCAACUGUAUGAGCUCAUGCUGGAAUCCACUAAAUCCAGCAGACAGUUUAACAUCCAGGAGGACAGCAAGUGAAGCAGCAGAGAAGUGCUCAGACAAACAAAAAAACAGAAGGACCUUUAAUAUCUUACCUCAGAGUGCUUCAGAUGAAAAGUGGUGCUCGAAGGCGGAGUAGAGGCAUUUGAGAAUAUUUGAUUAUAUUAAAGUGCUGUGUAAUAGCUCAGUGUUCCCGUGCUUGUCUUUUUUAACGUGACAAUAAAAAGAGGUUCCUCAUGUUCCUCUACAGCUGCAUUAACGUAACACUAA